AUGCGGGAAGCAGUACCGCCCCUCCGUAUGCCACCGCCCACCGCAGGCGGUAUCAACGAGCCACAAGAGUGUCCAUACUGCCGCAGGACAUUCUCUUGUUACUAUUCCUUGAAACGACACUUCCAAGACAAGCACGAACAGUCGGACACGCUUUACGUGUGCGAGUUCUGCCACCGAAGGUACAGGACGAAGAAUUCGCUGACGACGCACAAAAGCCUGCAGCACCGCGGUUCCAGCGGCAUGCUCAAGCGCCUGCUGAAGACGUCCGCGCUGCACUCGGCGCUCGCGCCCUCGCCGCACCACCUGUUCGACCUCGGCGCCAGCGACCAUGGCCCGCAGCUCCCGCCUGGCCUUCAAUGA